AUGGCGAGAGGACUCGCUUUCACUCUGGCGCGCUCCGUCCUCCUCAUCUCCCUUGCAUUCUCUCAUGUAUACUCUCACACCCAUUCUCACGAUGCUCCUGAAGCCUCCUCAGAGGCACCUCUCUCCUUCUCGGUUGGACCCAAUUACCCCUACCCCCUCGAGGACCUCGAUAAAGACCUCCCCUUCUCUCAACCCGUCACCUUUGCCCAUCUGCCGUGGCAGCGGUGUUUUUCCUCCCGUCACGGGUCUGACCUGGACAUUGCCAUUGUAGGUUUUCCCUACGACACGUCCACCUCGUACCGGCCCGGCGCACGCUUUGGACCCCGCGGCAUCCGCGCCGCGAGCUCGAGGGAGAAGAAAGGCCGGAGCUACAACACGGUAUGGGGCAUUGACCCGUUGACGGAAGGGGGUUUGAACAUUGUCGACUGCGGCGACAUCCCCGUCACGCCGUUUGACGCCCAGCACGCCUUCCGCCAGAUGGAGCAAGGCUACCGACAGAUCUUGUUCCACAACACCUCCUCGUCCGCCGGCGCCGCCACCGCAUCAGCAAAGCCGCUCCAGGGCAGGAAAUGGGAGCACCCCCGGGUCCUGUCGCUUGGAGGCGACCACUCGAUCGUGCUGCCGAUCCUGCGCUCGCUCAAGGAAAUCUACGGGCCGAUCUCCGUCAUCCACCUCGACUCGCACCUGGACACGUGGGACCCGUACGCCGGGUACACGGGGAUCGUGUCGGAGCAGAGCGCCAUCACGCACGGGACCUUCUUCUGGCACGCCGCGCGGGAAGGGUGCAUCGCCAAAGGCAGCAGCGUGCACGGCGGGCUGCGGACCAAGCUGUUCUCGCCCAAGGACUACGCCACGGACAAGGAGGUGGUGGGCUUUGAGAUCAUCGAGGCGCACGAGAUCGACGACGACCCCCGGGGCAUGCAGGGCAUCGCCGACCGCGUGCGCGCCAUCGUCGGCACCGACCGUCCCGUCUACCUCAGCAUCGACAUCGACGUCCUGGACCCCAGCAUCGCCCCCGCCACGGGCACGCCCGAGUCCGGAGGCUGGACGACCCGCGAGGUCAAGAGGUUCAUCAAGGGUCUGGAGGGCGUGAGAUUGGUCGGCGCCGAUGUCGUCGAGGUGAGCCCGCCGUAUGACACCGCGGCCGAGGUGACGAGUGUUGCCGCCAGUGAUCUGCUGGUCGACAUCCUGGCGUUGAUGGUCAAAGAUUCGGUAAGGAAGCCGGAGAAGGCGCAAACGGAAACGGGGGUAAAGGAUGAGUUGUAG